ACAACAACAACAACAACAACAACAACAGCAACAACAACAGCAACAACAGCAACAACAGCCCUGCGAGAGAUCGACGCGUAUCGGAGCCAACCAUGGGAUCCCAGUCCCGGGCCUACAAUCCUCUCCUUCACCCGAUUCUCUUUCUCUUCCAGCUCUUCCAAUGGCUCACCGACAAGAUCCUCUCGCCCAACCCCCCCGGGCCCAGCACGCGCCUUAGCCGGCCCAAGAUCGCCGUCAUCGGGGCCGGCAUCACGGGCGUGACCAGCGCCGCGCACUGCAUCGGCCACGGCUUCGACGUGACCAUCUUCGAGGCCGGCGGCGAGGACGAACUCGGCGGCGUCUGGAGCCGCGUCAACAACACGUCCUCCCUGCAGAUCCACUCCGUCAUGUACCGCUUCCACCCCUCGGUCAGGUGGGCGCGCGGCUACCCGGACUGCCAGCAGAUCCUGGCCCAGGUCCGCGACCUCUGGACCCGCUACGGGCUCGAGGGCCGCACCCGCUUCCGCACCAAGGUCGACCGCGUCUACCGGGACGACCGCGCCCGCUGGGUCGUCAACAACGCCUCGCUCGGCCGCUUCGACGGCGUCGUCGCCGCCGUCGGCACCUGCGGCGAGCCCAAGAUCCCCCGCAUGCCGGGCAUGGACAAGUUCCGGGGCGAGAUCCACCACUCGAGCCGCCUGCCGGGUGCCUGCUCGACCCGGGACAAGACCGUGAUCAUCAUCGGCGGCGGCGCCAGCGCCGUCGAGGCGCUCGAGUUCGCGCACGAGGAGGGCGCCGACAAGAUCUACAUCCUCGCUCGCAGCGACAAGUGGAUCAUCCCGCGCAACCCGCUCUGGAACACGCUGUUGGCCAUGAACGUGUUCGGGCAGCCGCAGACGUUCCUGAGCUGGAUCCCCGAGCUGCUUCUCCGCAAGAUGUUCUACCGCGACCUCGAGGACCUGGCCCCGGCCCCGGCAAACAAGGGCGGCAUCUUCACCGACACGCCCAUGGUCAACUCGGACAUCAUGGACAAGCUGCGCUCCGGGCGGGCCGAGUGGAUCCGCUGCGACGUCGAGGGCUUCACCGAGACGGGCGUCAGGAUCAACCGCGGGGCCAAGGGCGUCCCCCGCGGCGGGCCAGGCCGCCAGGACGUCGUCGAGGGCGACGUGGUCGUCAUGGCCACGGGCUUCGCGCGGCCCAAGCUCGACUUCCUGCCCGAUUCCUGCUUCGAGAAGCCGUACGAACCGCCCAACUGGUACCUGCAGACCUUCCCCCCCAACCACCCGUCCAUCUCGUGCAUCAAUUGCACCUACAUGAACGCCAUCGGCACCGUCGGCAACUGGCACAUUGGCAUCUACACCCGCAUCCUGCUCAUGUUCCUCAUCGACCCCCUGACCCGGCCCAGCCCGUUCUGGAUGAAGCGAUGGAUCGACAUGACGAGGCUGUUUAAGAAGACCUCUCCCGUCGGGCCGUCCGAGUUCUUUACCUAUCUCGAGCUGGUCUGGUGGUUCUGCUUCUGCGUCGCCCUCAAUCCCUUCCGUUGGAAGUGGGCCUUAUUUGUCUUCUUCGGCCUGGGUUUCAUGCUCCCCAAGCACGUAGUAGCAGCCGAGGACAGGAUCCGCAACGGACUCGGGAUGCGUGAACAGGACACGACCGGUCAGGAUGUCGGCCUCAGCUUGUGAUGUUUAUAUGGGGAGGAGGUCGUCUGAUGGAAAUCGGGACGACCUUUGGUGGUCGGGACUGGGCGGGGCAUGAUGAGGGAGAAGAGAGAAAAAUAUCGUUAAGGCGGCAGGUUUCGCG